AUGACGGCAUGUCUCGCACGAUCUACUCUUGAAUCACAUGCUUAUAUCAAAGAGAUGUGUGUUGAAAUCUCGUUGCUCGGUUGUGCUGCGGAUGGUCGUGAUCAUAGAAUUUGCUGUAUGCGAGCUAGAAUCCCGACUGAGUGCUUGGGAUUGUGUAAUGGUGGUAAAGUGCGAAACGAGGCAUUGUGCUCAAGGUAUGCUGCAAAGGCAGUCGCCUGUAUGAUUCGUGGACACGAGAGCGCCCCGUCUCCACCAGGAUCAGUUCACUACGAAAAUCUCACUCCGAGCACCGUCAAGCUUCAAUGGAGCGAGAGCAAUCCAGAUUCUUAUAAGAUCUACGCUGUAUACUAUCGUCCUGAGGAUAGCGACGAUGACUAUAAGAUAAUGAAGACUAGUGAAAAUGAGAUCAUCAUCAACGAUCUCGACCCGAACACCAAUUACGACCUCGCGCUUGUUUCAGCUAAUGCACUUGGACAUUCGCCGUUUGUCGAGGCGAAGAUUCUCAGCAGAACACAUGAUUCAUCUGGAAGUUCAUUCGGAGCCUUCUUGGCCGCAGUGUUUGUGUUGUUGAUAGCAGCUGGCAUCAUCUUUGGAGUGAUGUACGUCUCGAGAACGAACACAAUACCGGUGAUUAUGCGCAAAUGGCAGCGUAGUGAGCCACUCUCGGAUCGCGAUCCAACAGUAGCGUUCGAAAAUCCUGGCUACGGUAAUGAGGUUCAAAUCCGUGGUUUAGGCCGAGGUGAGAACAAUCCUGCAUUUGCACCGGCUGAUUGGCAGGCUGCUGAACUGGAAGCUGUGGAACAGCCGACAGGCGAAGCCAACAAUGGAAUGCGAUAUGCAAAACUGAAUUCAUCUUGA